AUGCAGACAAGCAGUAGCAGCAGCAGCAGCUCAGGCCUCAGUGUCCCUUCGCCAUUUUCAAAGGAUGCUACCUAGAUCGUGCUCUCGAGCUUUCGCGCAACACAGUGCUCUUUUAAUUUGUGCGCAAGCCCUGUGCGUCCAGUAUAGCGGGUCCACCCUCGCGCAGUGGGGCGCAAAAGAAUCUCGCCGUCAGCACGAAUGUCACCGUGUGCAUCGUUUCGGCGCGGCUGCUUGAGGAGGCGCGGUUAUUCCAUUGCAGGGUCAGUUUCGGCUGCAUAUACGCACAACAUUAUGUAGUCCGGCAGACAAAGUGAGCGAGAAUAUUUUAUGCCUAUAAAGAACGCUUGGCAAAGUACACCGCCCUACAGGAGAGUUCUUCAAUUGAGCAGUGCUUGCAUUCGCCCACCUUGCAACACCAUUAUAUUAAGGCAAAUAUGCUGCCGCCGACUCGUCAAGUUGUCACCACUAUCGCAACUGCAGCUGCCGCUGCCACUGGUGCUUCUGUCACCGCAGCUGCUGCUGCUGCCACUGAUCCUGAACAGUGUAAAAGUAGCUAUGUUGCUGCUGCUGCUGCUGCUGCUGCUGCUGCGUCCACGAAUAAAGGGCGCAGAUCCUCGAUCAGCGACAAUUCUUGCCACUUUAAAGCAAAGCAAGCUGUUGAGGGAAAGGUAUUUUUCAACCAGGCCGUCAUUCUUUGAUUUCAGAACAACAAGCUGCCGCCCCCAUGUGCGGUGGUACGCCGUCCGUACCAUCGAACACUCUGAAGUGUCAGGAGAAUGGGUGCGCGGCGCUCAGGGUCCGGCGGGGGCCGUGGCAACGCGAGCAUCCUGAAGGAGCGGGCGAACAUGUCAUUUAUGCUCGUCGUCAUGUUCUUCGCCGUCUUCGGGCUGAUAGUCCUCACCGAGAUAUUUCUGAUCGACGAGCGGCGCAGCGGGACUGGCGUCGGCGGCGUCGGCGGCGUCGGACCCAGUGGUGGGCAUAGAUCCGGCCAUCGGCUCGCAGCGGCCCCCGAUCGUCCGGAUUACGAAGAAGUUGGGCCGGAGGAUUACGCGGGAUUGAAAGGCGCAGGCUUGGAGGAGCACCUGGAGAUGCUGGUGCGCGGGGACGAGUCACGGAUACCAGCAGCGGCCGCUGCGGCCAUACCGGGGGACCCGCGCGGCUUGGCCAGCCUGCCCACCAGCCUGGAGGCGCGACUGCCCCAGCUGGACCGGGAGCUCAAGCUCACGCACGCCGAAUGGCUGCCCGUCACCAACACCAGGUUCAAAUUCUUCGUCUACUCGGCCUACUACGACGAGAGACCGAGCGGGGCGACUGGGCCGGCCACGGCGCUGAACCGCGGCGGCGCAAGCUCCGCCGGGGUGGUGCGGGUGAUCGGCGCCACCAAGACGAGAGGUCCCGAGCGGGUCUGGUGCAGGCUCUGGUACCCGGGCCAGAGCUCGCCGGGCAGUAACGCCACGAGGACGAGCUCGAUAACAGUGGCGGCCAGGGUCAAGGUGAUCCGGGAGAACUGGAACCUCAAGUACAGCGCGUGCUUCGUCAUCUGCCCGCUGCCGAAGGAGCAGCCCCGGGCCUCGGCCGAGCUCGUGCCCGAAGCGGUGAGCAUCGUCGCGCGGCUCCGCGCGGCCCCCACCAACCGGAUCCUCGUGCAGAACCGGCCGGCCGCGAGGCCGAAGGAGCGCCAGCCGCUGGCCAUCUGCGUCAAGCCGCUCCACUACCAGUACAACCGGGUGCUGCAGCUGGUCGAGUUCAUCGAGCUGCAGAGGAUCCUGGGCGCGAGCCACGUGACGCUGUACAACGACACGCUGGGCAGCGAGGCCGGCUGCGCGCUCAGCUACUACGAGGGCAAGGGCCUGGUGCAGCUGCUGCCCUGGCACCACCUCGACAUGGUGUCGCAGCGCGAGAUCCGCACCGAGGGCCUCUUCGCCGCGCUGAACGACUGCCUCUACCGCUCGAUGUACGCGUACGAGUACCUGGCGCUGCUCGACCUCGACGAGUUCAUCGUGCCGCGCCGCGAGGAGAGCAUCCCCGAGCUGAUCGGUUGGCUGCAGCGCCAGCAGCGCCAGCAGCCCGGGCCGGCCGCCGGCCGAGCGAGCGGCAAGGGCGCCGCCGGCGCCUACUCCUUCCAGAACGCCUUCUUCUACCUCCAGUGGCCGGACGACCCGUACGUGAGGACGUCGCGCCGCGCGACCGAGGCCGGCCUGAUAACGCUGCGCAAAACGCGCCGGCGCGCCAAGCUCCACCCGCACAAGCAGCGCAGCAAGUACGUCUGCCGGCCGCGCGACGUCCUCGAGGCCGGCAACCACUUCGUCUGGGAGUUCGUGCCGGGCCACGGGACCGUGAACGUGCCCGCCGACGCGGCCAUACUCCACCACUACCGGGUCUGCGAGUUCGGCGGCGACGACUGCGUCAAGACGGCCUCGAUCGUCGACCGCACGGCCUACAAGUACCUCGACCGACUGGCCGACCGCGUCGAGGCCGUCUGGCAGGAGCUCGCGCUCCUCUGCCCCGGUCUGCCGGAGCUCGGCGAGCCGCCCGCCGGCGGUAAUAAGCUCCCCACCGAGCGCCCUGCUGCCGCCGCCGCCGCCGCCGGCAGCAGGUAGCACUCGGCCAGCCUCCAGCUCCAGCUGCUGCUCGCCAACUUCACCGGCCGGCCCAUCCUCGCCAGGACCUACUUUUACAAUUACGCCUACUGACGCGCGCCUACUCCAUUAUAUACUCCGAUGUAAUAAUGCACACGUUAAUACGCAACUAAUACACAACUUUCAUCGUUCUCUCGUACGUAUAACGCAUAUAUGAUUAUAUAUGAUAUUGGCCCGCAAACGACAAUUUAUUGUCACAGCAAUUAGCAGCUCAGCUGAGCCGGCCUGAUCGGAAAUGCAAUCGGAUGCGUUGAAUUAUGCGCUUUUCGAGCGAUCGCUCAAUCACGGCACAACGCACCCCCGAUAGCUGCGUUCUGAGGUACAGGAAACAAACAGCUGUAUAAUAACCGCUCCACGAGCCGAUAGAUUAGCAGAUAUUUUUCUACGAGUGUCCCGCGAAAUCGCCGACUUAGGUAAGCGCAAUGGCUUGGCGACGAGAAAGUGGGCGCGCGCGUGAUAUAUAAUAUCGAUAAGAGCAGCUUCAAUAAUGAGCGCUCUGGUGCUUUUCGGAAUUUUUGAAAAUCCAUAAGCGUAUUCGUGAUUUGUUAUAUCAAUUAUAUGUACAUAAACAAGUGCGCACUCAGCGUACGCCGCGAGCAUGAAAUGUGAUACUGAGCUGGCUAUCUUAUAAUGUUACAUUACACACACACACAUAUAAGGGGUCCAAAAUUGCUGUUCCCGCGCUAAAAUGCACUGUAGCCCAUCAGCUGGCUAUGUUGUACGAUAUAUUGCUCUAUAUAGUAACUUCUCAGCAUCAAAUCAGCUGAUGUAUAUCAUCGUGGACGCGAUUUAUUGCUGAUAGAUAGGUUUGGACACCCUGUACUACGAAUAUCAUUAUUCAUUUCUUUCAUCUAUACUAUGCUAGUUUGUCUAAUCUAGUUAUCACGAGUGCUCUUUUAGAUGUUUAUGCAUACGGACGCACCAUUCAGAUUCAGCUAUCCCCACUCUGACCGCAACUAUAUAUUUUGCUAUUUUAUCAUAAUAUCAUUCGCAUUCAAGUUAUAAAUACGUAUAUGAAAUCAUUUCUCAUUUUCGUCUUAAUUAUGUUUUGAUGUACCUUGAUAUCAAUAUGCACAUAUACGUCAUCGCAGGCCUACAUUUUUCAUCCGAGAUCUUAUAUGGCUCAUAUUAUAUUGCUACAUGGUUUAUUUACGGUAUUAUUAUCAUAUUGCCAGCCGGUAGUGCUCAUAGGUAUUUCUAUAAGAAUUGGUAUGUUAUAAGAAAAAGAAACACGCAUAUCUGAUGUAAUGGAGUUGAAACCAUUACGCUAUGAUAGAACUAAGCGGCUCGCAUGAUCGGUGUAAUUGUAUAGCUAUAACAAUCAAAUUAUUAUAUCGGAAAUAACACUAUAAAUAUAUAACAUGCAAACAAAAGUAUUGUAUUUAUUUAAUGUUUCUUUAUUCAUUAUACAAUUAGCUACGUCGACGUCGCGAAUAUCACCGAUAAAGGAGCCUCUCAUAUUAUAUAGAUCUCAAUAAUGUAUUCACAAAAAGACAGCUAUAGUCAUUUUGACUGCGUAUUAAGUAAUUCAAUAUGGUGCAAAAUCGCUACGAAAAAUGUGUGAAAUAUUUGUAAAUUUAUGUACAAAAUUUAGUAAAUGCAUUGUAUGAAUUUUCUUUUAACAUAAUAAUUAAAUCGUAAUAAAAAAAGGACACGGAAAUAAAAACAAGUGAAUGAUCGUCUCUUCUUAUUGCCAUUAUGCGAUAUAAAAGAAAUAGUUUUUACAUCGUAACCGUUAAUAUUUUAUAUAAUAUUAUAUUUUAGUUGAAAAUUUAUACAGUAAUUUCAUAAAAUUUUGUAAUGAUUUAUUUAUGAAAGUUUAAAUGAUGUUUAUAUUAUCGCACCAGUUUUUAUAUUAUCAACAUAUACAAGCAAUCUGUACAUAAGUGGAGCUAUCCUUGACGUCAAACCUUCUACUUUCAUGUAUAUUUUAAACGCGGUUUUAAUUUACACUCAAAGCAACGAGAGACUAGAUUUAAUUGGUGCUGUAAUUUGCAUAUCGAUCAUCGAAACACGCACUUGUUACAAACUGCGCCAAGUCGUUCAAGUUUUGUUGUUAUCCCAACUUGAAUUGUUAGAAAAAAUGAAAGAAUGUACUUGUAUUCAUAAUUAUUUCUCUACUGGUAUUUAAUAAAAUGAAAAAAGUAACAUGAAAA